AUGGGAGUUUACGAGGAAGCAAAGGCGCGCAUAACAAGUCUUCAGUGUCGAGUACAGCGCGUAUACGAGGCCGGGGAAGCAUUGGGAAAUGAUUCUUCAAACAAGUUGGCCAAAACUAAAUUUAAAAUUAUGUUUGCGACAAUAGAAAAUUUAUAUUCGGAUUUUGAAACGCAAUUAAUGGUAAUAAUACGUCACCAAUGUAAAAGUACACCCGUGGUAGAUGCUAUCGACACCGAUAGUGUGCGUGCUCUUUUUGAGGAGAAGUAUAUCGGAUGUAAAAUAUUUGCGGACGAAUACUUACCGGAGGCAGUUGUCGACGAUUCGCUCAACAAAACAUUUUUUGAAUCAAAAGCUCUCAGCGCCUCACAACCCUAUCACCCGAUCGAAAAAUUAGCAGUACCUAAAUUUGGUGGAAACCCUAUGGAAUAUACCAGUUUUAGGAAUAUGUUUGACAAAUUAGUUGGUGAAUCUAAUAUGUCGCCAGUGGUGAAGUUUGGUUACUUGAAAUCUUAUUUGGUGGGAGAACCAUUAAGUUUGGUAUCUAAUCUCAUGUUGACUGAUAGCAACUACGAACUAGCUUUGGCGCAGUUAACUGAUCGUUAUUCAAACCGCCGUGUUAUCGCGGAUAGUCACAUUGAAGCUCUAUUUAACGCGCCAAGAGCAACCUUCGGUGAUGGUAGUUCUAUAAGAAAACUACUAAAUGUAAUUUUAGAAUCAACGGGUGCUCUCCAAAAUCUAUCGUAUGCAGUAGAUCAAUGGGACCCCAUUCUACUACAUCUAUUACAAAAGAAAUUAGACAAUUAUUUAAGAGCGCAAUGGGAACUACUAGUAGAUACCUCCGAGGACCCAUCUAUGAAGGAGUUUACCACGUUCUUAACAAAAUACUGCAAAUCAGCUACCGUAUCGCAAGGAAGUGUCAAGGUAACCACAAAAGGACUCAAACCAAACAAAUCUAUCACAUUAUUCAGCAGCCAACCAGAACGAAAGCUUGAACAGGGAAGGAAGAAUAAGUCAUUUUCCUGUCCUGUCUGUAAUACACAACCGGGUCACUUGCUGAUAAACUGUCAAUCGUUCAAAGAUAAAACACCAACCGAACGGCAUCAAACAAUCAAGGAAUUGAAAAGAUGUUUUAUCUGUUUCAGUGCGCACAUGGCCAGUGAAUGUAAAAACCAACGAAACUGUUCUACGUGUGGGGGUAAGCACCAUACUCUACUGCAUUUGGAAAAAACCGAACCGAACGUUACCACGACCCAUUUAACCGUUGCGGCUGCAGAAACAAAAGGUUAUCAUACGUCCGUUUUAUUAGCGACAGCCUCUGUAGUUCUGCAAAACAAAAAUGGUCAAUCGGUUACAGUAAGAGCACUACUUGACAGCGCAAGUCAAAGUAGCUUUGUCACUGAACGUUGUGUCCAGCUUUUAGGCUUAAAAAGAGAAAAGUGUGAUGUAACCGUUCAAGCGUUGUCCGGAGCUGAAGUCCCAGCGGUAAGAGGAAGAGCUAAUGUCGAAGUACGACCGGUCGACCAACAAAGUCCCAUGUUCAGCAUUGACGUUUUAAUUCUAACGCGUAUUACUGGACCAGUUCCGUCGAAAAGAGUGUGGAAUCAUUCAUGGCCACACAUCAAAGGUUUGAAGUUAGCCGAUCCAUCGUUUGCCGAAGCGUUACCAGUUGAUGUCUUGCUCGGCGCUGAUGUCUUUCCACAGCUUCUCUUAGGCGACAAGGAAGAAGGUGAGGUAGAUGAACCGAUAGCGCUAUCUACGGUGUUUGGCUGGGUUUUGAUGGGUAAAACGACCAACGGUCCAAAACAACAAAUUAUCACCUUAUGUUCGUCUGAAUCCGUAAAUCAUACGUUACAACAAUUUUUCGAGAUCGAAGAAGUUCCAAAAGUUGAGAAAAAUAACCCAGCCGAUUUAGAGUGUGAGCAAAUUUAUCAAACAACCACAACACGACAACAAGAUGGACGAUACAUAGUGCAUCUUCCGUUCACACGAAAUCCCCCUCUACUUGGGAAAUCCAGAGACGUAGCGCUGCAUCGCUUACGAAGUUUGGAAAAUAAGUUCAAAAAAUCACCAGAACUUCAUAAAGAGUACAAUAUGGCAAUGUAUGACUACUUAGAAACAGGUCACAUGUCCGCUGUAGUGAAAAAAUCCGACGGUGAAGAAAAUAUGUAUUAUAUCCCACACCAAGCUGUAUUACGUCCGGAAAGUACUACUACUAAAUUGCGGGUCGUGUUUGAUGCGUCCGCAAAAACUUCUUCGGGUCACUCAUUGAACGACAAUCUUUAUUGCGGUCAAAGAUUACAGCAGGACUUACCGGGAAUUGUUUUACGUUUCCGACUUCAUUCUGUUGUUUUUACCGCUGACGUAAAACAAAUGUUCAGACAAAUUGUUGUGACCGAAGCUCACCGACCGUACCAACGCUUGCUUUACCGGUUCUCUUUGGAUGAACCAGUUCAAGAAUAUCAAAUGAACACGGUAACUUUUGGACAAAAGUCAUCUCCAUUUCUCGCCAUCCGCACUCUGCAUCAGUUGGCAACUGAUGAAGCAGUAAAUGAACCACUUGUACAAACAGUUGUUAAACGUGAUUUGUAUGUAGAUGACAUAGCAACCGGAGCCGAAAGCGAAGAAGCUGCAAUAGAUCUGCAGAAAAAACUCGAAAACACGUUUGCAAAAGGUCACUUUGAGUUACGCAAAUGGUCAAGUAAUUCCGACAAAUUACUGAGUAACAUUCCACUCGAUCACCAACAAACACUACCAGUGACGUUUGAAGAACAUGAGUUGACAUAUACCAAAGUCUUGGGACUAAAUUGGGAUCCGAAGGUUGAUUCACUAAGCUACAAAUAUCAACCCAAUCCGGUUAAAUACAGCAAGCGAGCUAUUUUAUCCGAGAUCGCUAGAAUCUAUGACCCUCUAGGUCUAUUGGCACCAGUAACCACGGUUCUAAAACGUUUGAUAAAAUAUCUAUGGGUCUUGAAAGUUGACUGGGAUGACAUUAUACCCGAAGAUGCUAAAUAUGCGUGGCAGCAAUAUCAUCAAGAGUUACCAAUCCUGGCAACCUUGCGUGUACCCCGAUUAGUAACCAGUCCAAACGCACUCUAUGAACUACACGGUUUCAGCGAUAGUUCGGAAGCCGCGUACGCAGCAAUAGUGUAUUUGCGGGUAUGUACAAGUAAUAGAAUAGGUUGUCAUCUCUUAAUGGGUAAGGCAAAAAUUUCUCCAACCACAAAAAUGUCCAUCCCGCGGUUAGAGCUGUGCGGUGCGUGGUUAUUAGCACACCUUUUGGAUUACGUCUCCAAAAACCUAAAAUCUUUAUCCAUUGGCACCGUAACCGCCUGGACCGAUUCCACUGUUGCGCUGGCAUGGAUUAAAUCCCCUACUAGUAGGUUAAAAACGUUUGUUGCCAACCGAGUCGCCCAGAUUCAGCUGUUGACUAAAGGGUACACGUGGCGUCACGUUCCAACCGAGGAGAACCCUGCUGAUUGCGCUUCACGGGGUCUAAGUCCUCAACAACUUACUAACCAUGACUUAUGGUGGAAAGGUCCUACAUUUUUGUGUCAACCUAAAAAUACUUGGCCAGCUCAAAACGCUGACAGUCCAGACAGCCGUUUGGAAGAAGAGGCGGAAGAGAAGCCAAUCACGCUUAUAUCUCAGGUAAAAGAAGAAGAGAGCCGCCUUUUAUAUCAAUCUGAUAAUCUGCAAAAAAUUUUGAGACUUACGGCUUACUGGUUGCGUGUUGGAGAUCAUUUAUUGGGAAAACCUUCGGCUUGUAUUUUCCCUCCGACAGUGGCCGAAACCGAGAGAUCUUUACGAUCGUUAACACGAUGGACGCAGCGAGUAUUUUUUGCAGACAUCAAAAAAGCUAUUGCUACAGACAAACAAGUACCUGCAUCCGUACAUACUUCAGCUCAAAAUACCACUGAUGGAAGUUUAAAGAACUUCUUACAAUUAAUGAGACCAUCAGAUCAAAAACGACAACAACGAAAAAGGACAAAAUUAAAUGUUGAACCUGGAAUGAGUGUUGAAACUAUUACAUCUAAAAAUGAAGAUAACCCAGAAUUAGUUAAAGAAGUUGAAGAUGUGGAAGACAAAGAAGAAAGUUUUAGUGAUACUAAUAGUAGUCUUUAUGAAGUCCAUUUAGUUGAAAAACCUCCAUUUGUUUCAAUGAGACCAUCGCCAACAUUCGUGGACACGGCCAACGUCGUAAUCUACAAGGAAGCCGGUGACGCAGUCGAUAACAUCGACGACAAGGGCGAUGUUGUCAUUUUCGUCGAGGCCGUAGAAGCGGGCACCGAUACCGCGGCUGUUACUGGAAAUGAUGCCACAGUAGUACCGAGGCAGGCGCUUUCAGCGCGACCGUUAUUAUCUGCGGCCAAGACAUGCGAUUUUGACGCUGACGAUUCAAACUAUGUGACUGUAAUGCCUGAUGGUUGUCAAGCCGGACAUUUCAACAGUUCAACAUUUACCCCAAUAAACAUCACUGAACAAGAACCCAAAAAUUUGCCAAUAAUUACUGUUCACCCGAAGCUGGAUGCGGAUUCUCGUCCUAGACAGCCCGGAAACCAAUUGACCAAUAAUCAGCCUUCGGCCUCAAAACCAAGAUUCAUCGUCGGUUCUCAUAAAAACUCGUCCUCUAAGCUGUCUUCAGUUCCCGUGCGGAAACAUGCUGAUAUUUUUGUCUCGAGACUUGAUCCAUGCGUUACGUCUACCAUGCUUGAAUCUGAAUUAUUCAAUAGUUACUCAGAAGUGACCAUUAAUAAAAUGGUUAUUACCAAAAUUGUCGGGGCCUAA